AUGGACGAUUCGGAAGAAGACGAGUUGAUGGAACAGCCUUGCUCACUGCCGCAGCAUCAGCCUUUUGCCCUGUUUCGUCAAUCGUCUUCGAGCCCUGCUGCGAGCCCGCAUCACGCCGAGCACGCUAGCUUUGUCGCGCAGCAGGACCGCGCCAGCUCGCCGCAGACUCAUACAGGCCAUCCAUCUGCCAAACAUGCAGAAAGAUUCGAGGCUCGAGUUGGAGAGAUGGGCCUUUUGACUGAGUCCAACAAAGCGUUUCAGAGUGGCAAAGUGUCCGUACCCGGUCCUGCAGCUUCAGAAGAAGAGAUCGUUGCAGUUGAAGAAGAGGACGACCUGGACGCUUGGCUAGCCGAGCAUACCACCAUCUCGGAUUAG